AUGGCAUCAGCUGGUCUGCAGUUCUUUGCUUUUAUGCUGGCUUUGUUUGGCCUUUUUGGAGACAUCGCAGCCACCUUGCUACCGAACUGGAAGGUAAAUGCAGAUGUUGGUUCCAACAUCAUAACGGCUAUAACGCAGAUGCAAGGACUGUGGAUGGACUGCACGUGGUACAGCACCGGGAUGUUCAGCUGCACCCUGAAAUACUCCGUUCUGUCUCUCCCCAUCUACAUCCAGACUGCACGAACCACCAUGGUACUGUCUUGCAUCCUAUCAACCUUUGGGAUCUGCAUCACUACAGUUGGAAUGAAAUGCACAAAGCUGGGAGGGGACACCGACAGCAAAAGUCACACUUGUUUUGCUGGAGGAGUCUGCUUCAUUCUCGCAGGAAUUUUUGGAUUAGUACCAACAUCUUGGUACACGAGAGAAAUCAUUUCCAAUUUUCUGGACCAGACCAUUCCAGAGAGCAGUAAACACGAACCAGGAGGAGCAGUUUAUAUAGGAUUCAUUUCAGCAGGGUUUCUGCUUGUCGCAGGUGCAAUUUUCUGUACUUCCUGCUUUAAAAAGCAGCAAGGAGCAUGGAUUUAUCCUCCAAAGCAGCAGCAUCUCCCACCCACAUUGCAGGAGAACAAUACAGGUUACAACCUGAAGGACUACGUGUAAAUACCAUUGUUUUUAUCCAUUAAGGCUUUUUUUUUUUUUUUUUUUAAUGCUAAGUGUACUCUGAUUAUUGUAAAGAAUGUGUAACACCUAAAUUUUCUUACAUCUGGGCUGCAAUUAUAUUUACAUAAGAUAUUUUCCUCUUAGCAAUAUCAGCAAAAAGAACAAGUUACGAAGCAGUCCCUGAGUCUGCUGCAAGAGUACUUUUUUUAACUGACAUCUCAAACCAUU